UAAAUUCGAAUCGCAAAAAAUUGCCUUGGAGCAGCUUCCACCUUUUCCGUUUUACUGGUUGCCUUCCAACAAAAACCGGAGUUUAUUUAAAUCGGCAUGCUUGGAGGUAAACAAGUAAAUAAUUACCCAACCACAAAGCCAAUUAGUGAGAAAAGUGGGAUCUGCGUCCCCAUUCCGCAUUCCAGUGAAAAUUGUACUUUGCCCCCUGAUUCCGUGAUUCAACAGCUUCUUGUGUUGUGAUUAACCUCAAAUUGCCUUUGUUUUGCGUAGAAAUGGGUAACGGAUCCUCAUCUGCCUCCGUUUGGACGCAGACUUAUAACGAAAUAAAAAGCAAACACGACGCUGCUUAUGCCGUCAUCCAAAAUGCGAUCACUCUCGAAGAACAGGAGAAGCCCUUUGAGGCUUUAGAGAAAUAUAAGGAAGGGAUCCAGCUGAUUGAUAGCGCCCUAAGAGUCCAAAUAACAUGUCCCGAAAAUCCAGAUUUCACGUGGGAAAAGACCGUUUUAAUGAUCCAGAAGAUGAAAAAGACCAGAGGUGAGGUGUUGUCUAGGAUCACCUGUAUCCAGAAAUCACACGAAGAGUUUGAAUCGCGAGAACAACCUCCGUCAUAUGAGGAGGCUAUUGCUAGCACACCUACUGAAACACCUCAAACCUACAAUGACUUGGCAAACGCUUUGAAUCGAAUGACAGUUGAUACAGGCAUGACAAUGGAAGCAGAAGUUAUGUUCAUGUACGAAAACGUUAAGCUCUACUUCAUUUCACCCAAUGGUGAAGUCUCGUCAACUCUCACACCGCAAACUUUGAAGAUAACUCUCGUUGAAAAUGAUGAAAGUGCCAACGUCCCUAGAGCCAUUCUGCAGAUUGGCGACUGGGUAUAUCCCCUGAUUCCGGGGGUUUCCCCGUGUUUUAGAUCUGAUUACGGUGCCUUUAUUUUGCCUAACAUUUAUGCAGAAACACCUGGCUCUUCAAUUGGUAUUAUUUUACCCCCCGACGCCGAUGCUGACGCGUACGACAUCCUUGAAAGCAUUCUUUACGGCAUUGUUGGCGAAGGGAAACCCCCUCAGACACAGCCACCUGAAGAAUUGAGCGAAAAAAUUUCAAACGGAAUCGUCACUGGGGCUUCUUAUGUCUCCCGCGGCCUUGUUUUCGGGGCCGAAAAAAUCGGAAAUUUACUCAACCAAAAUACUCCAAAACUGCUCUCUCGUAUCAACAGUGCCGAACGCCCCACUCAGAUCCCUCGAAAAGUCAGCAAAGGCAUGCAAGUGGCCGAAAAUGCAACCAACAAGGCCGCCCAAGUUACAGGCUUUGUUGCGGAACAGGUUGGUCAAGCCACAAUGAAACUGGGCCGUUUCCUCGCACCCCACAUCCAAAAACAAGGGACGAGGCUGCUAACUUCGGGGCUUCGCAUGUCUGAAGCGGAGGCUUCGGCGAAAAUGAACGGGGUGAUGACUGUGGCAGCAGGCGCCGUUGAGGGAUUUUCAACGGUUUAUUUGGGUUUGGAAAAUUCAGCCUCAAUCUUGGGGAAAAGUUUGAAGGAAAAUACGGUUAAAGUGGUCCAGCAUAAGUACGGACAUCCUGCCGGCGAAUUUGCAGGAGAUACUUUGAACACAGUCGGGAAUGUGUACCACAUUAGCAAAAAUGCGAAAAUAGUUCAGCCUAAACACUUGGCCAAAAAAACGGUAAAGGAGGCGGGCAAGGCGAUGGUUUAUCAGUACAAAAGCAAUCGCAACGAUGGGGCUAGCACUUCUAAUUAUGUUGGACCGUUGCAGAACGGUGAUAAUAAAAUAGAAAAAUAUGAAAAAAACUAAACUGACUGGUAUUGAUGGUAUUAAGAUUAUGUUGUGAUAUCUAUUUUUGGAAUUGGUUGUUGUAUAAUAAAUAAUUUUUGCAUUAUA